AUGUCAUCUUCAAAGCAAACCCCACGCCUCCUACGCUUGACCAUCAAACUAUACAAAGGCCAAGAGCGUCAAGGAAGCGAAGGACAUGAUUUCGCGAGGGAGUACGUGGUCAAAGCAGCCAAACUGCAUGCAAAGCAUGGUAUUCUCAUGUACCAGCAGUGUUACUCGCCACCCUCCUAUCGCUCCUUCGUGGACGAUAUGAACCGCCGCAAUAACCGUGGCUGGGUGAUUGAUGACCACGACGUGACGAUCGAGUUCUAUUUUCGCAACUUUGCCGAGCUCAACAGGGUCAACAGCGACCCUGAAUUCCAGGUGCUUCAGGCGUCUGAAGAGCCGUUUGUUAACCGUGUACACACUGUUGUCUCACUGUCUUGGGUGGAGAAGUAUGUCGACGUGGGCAGGUUGGUGAACAUAUUGGAUGAUAAGUCCACUUAUCCCUCGUAUGAUGAAUUGCUGAAUUUGUCGACUGCAUUGGGAACAGGUGGUGCCUGGGUUAAGACUGAUGAUGGUGAAAAGAAAUAG